AUGAGCCACAACGACGAACCUGGCGAAGGUUCAUCGCACCCAUCCCUGGAUCCUCAUUCGGAUAACUGGAAAGACCAGGACGAAUUGACGUCGCCCAACCCUGUCCACCCACGUGCAUACCGGCCCGAGUACAUGACUGUUGGCACUGGAUCACAACCAUCUCAUGCUGCAGCUCUUAUGGAACAGCUGGAACGAGAUUCUGGCUACGGCAGCAUGGCAAGCGACGUGCAACAGUCUGGUGGCGAGAUGCGCGCAUGGGAGGACGAAUUCCUCAGAGACAGACCGACACCUGCCCAUACUCCCCAAAUCAAUGGACAACCCGCAAGAAUGUCAGAAACAGAGAAACGAUCGCUCGCCAGCCAUGUGCAUCAGCUCUACUACAACCAAAAUCGCGUCGCCCUCGCCAAAGCCAUCUCGCAAACCGUGGAACUGCUAAAACAACUACAGGAGAUGAAUUCUCAAUGGCCUGCGCUCUACCCUUCCGUCCAGAAAGAUGAGAGAGAAAGCCAAGCUGCCAGACCGGCCCUACGAGAAGUGCAGUCAACGAGGGAGGCGGCAGUUCUGUCGCGACAGAUGUUUCUCAAAAAGACAGCACAUGAACGGCCAGGGGCAUUGCGAAGAGCUGGCACUUCAGCAGGAGAAGAUACAUCAGGAGAGUCAAGUUCGCAGGCACAACACAGGCGGACGCCAGAACCACGACUCGUCACACCACAAAUCGCGCAGGAGUUCUCCAUUCUCAAGCUUGACCUCAAGGUCGGCGCGCUAUCUCAAACGGAACUGGUCCACUCUCUAGAGAAGAAAUCGAUCGCGUCGCUACUGGAUGGAAAAAUAAGCCAGAGCGUACGGCAUUUAUUGGCACUCCGGGACCGAAUAGAGGAUACGUCAAGCAAGGUUUUGGUCACUGGUGAUCUAAAUGCUGGAAAGUCGACCUUCUGCAACGCCCUCCUUCGCCGCAAGAUUCUGCCCGAAGAUCAGCAACCCUGUACCAGUAUUUUCUGCGAAGUGCUCGAUGCAAAAGAGAAUGGUGGCAUCGAAGAGGUCCAUGCCGUUCACAAAGAUUCCGUCUACGACCGAAACGAUGAAAGCACCUACGACUCUUAUUCGUUGCAAGAACUGGAGAAAAUUGUCGUUGACAAUGACCGAUAUAUGCAGUGCAAGGUCUAUGUCAAAGAUAUCAGGACGAUCGACCAGUCGUUACUCAAUAACGGCGUUGUCGACAUCGCGCUGAUUGAUGCUCCGGGCCUGAAUUCAGACUCGGUCAAGACCACGGCUGUGUUUGCCCGCCAAGAAGAAAUCGACGUGGUUGUCUUUGUGGUCUCGGCCGCAAACCACUUUACACUCUCUGCUAAGGAGUUCAUUUGGCAAGCAGCGCACGAGAAAGCCUACAUAUUCAUGGUGGUUAAUGGAUUUGACAACAUCCGCGAUAAAGAACGGUGUCAGAAGAUGAUUCUGGACCAACUGGCUAAGUUGAGCCCACAGACAUUCAAGGAAGCGCAAGAAUUAGUCCAUUUCGUAUCUAGCAAUGCCAUUCCUAUGGUGCCUUCGCUGCUCAUCGAUGGAGUUGCUGGUGAGAGCAGUGGCAGCGGUGGUGGAUCGGAUCCUCCCGGGGAUGACGACGAUGACGGUUCGGACAAGGGCAAGGGGAAAGACAAGGAAAAGAUUCGAGAUUUUGAAGUCCUGGAAAGCGCCCUCCGGCGAUUUGUCCUGGAGAAGAGAGCACGUUCGAAGCUUGCGCCUGCAAAGACUUAUCUCAUGAACUGCUUGGGCGACAUGAACGUCCUGGCCACGGUGAACCGCGACGUGGCACAAUCGGAGCUGGACCGCGUGUCCAGUGAACUUUCAAAAAUCGAGCCGGAGUUCGAAGAAAAGCAGAAGCAGCGUGCCAUCGUUUCGGAACAAGUCGAAAAAGGAAUCGACUCGACCUCCACAGAGGUGUACAACCACACUCGAUCCACUCUAUCCAGCACCAUUGCAAACGUCGGCAAUCAAAACCAUGGCAUUGAAUACCCUGGGAUAUUUUCUGCAUUCCAAUAUGCAGAAGAUUUGCGCAUUGCCAUGCUUGAUCAAAUUUCCGCAGCAGUCGCCAGCUGUGAGAACUACGGCCGGGCAAGGACUGUGCAAGGAGUCAAUACUAUCAAGUCACUUGGCUUGUUGCAUGUAGGUUCCAGCUAUGACAACCUGAACUUCGCAGCAGACAAGAUGUUCCAGCGCCGCAAGGACGCUCUGGUGCGGUCUGUGGAUACAGACGUCGAUAUCUGGGAUUUCUUCGACGUUGCUGGGUUGUGGGAGCGACAAGAGAAGACCGUAGGCACGGGGCUCGCGCUCACUGUCGCCGGGACCUUAGGCACCAGGGCAGUCGGUGGUGUCGGGUGGGUUGAUGGAGCGUUCGGCGCCGCCAAAAUUCUCGGCAGCCGGAAUCUGAGGAGGUUGAUUGUGCCAGGCGCUGUUGCUGCCGCGAUCCUGGCUGUGGCCUACAUUCUCUCCACCAUCCCGCAAACCCUGCCACCGCGUCUCGCACAGAAACUCUCGGCCACUCUAGCCCAGAUGGAUUACACGCACAGCAACGCCCACCGAAUCGCCUCCGAGGUCCGUCGCGUCCUCCGCUACCCGGCCCAACAAUUAACGGCAGACCUCGCCCAAAAUGUAGAAGAGCUGAGACAAAGGAAAGAAGAUGUGACGAAAACGAAGAGAGAGAGUGAGGUCGCGCGAAAAUACUUUGGCAACCUCGUGCGGGAGAGUAACGAGGCAAGGAGGCGAGUGGCAGCAAUUGAUCUCGAAGGAGGUCCCCCGGGUGCUGUGGGUGGUUACGUCUUGUAG